AUGGGACUCUCAGGUACUUUGAGGAGCAUAAAGGGGUUGGCUGUAGAAGCUAAUGAGUUUGGCAUAAACCAAAGAACUGGUGAUGUUCCCCAGAAACAUGAGUAUGGCGGCGCUCAAGCCCUUGGGGUCGAGGGUGUUGAGGUCGAGAGUGGUGAGGUCGAGGGUGGUGAGGUCGAGGGUGGUGAGGUCGAGGGUGGUGAAGUCGAGGGUGGUGAGGUCGAGGGUGGUGAGGUCGAGGGUGGUGAGGUCGAGGGUGGUGAGGUCGAGGGUGGUGAGGUCGAGGGUGGUGAGGUCGAGGGUGGUGAGGUCGAGGGUGGUGAGGUCGAGGGUGGUGAGGUCGAGGGUGGUGAGGUCGAGGAUGGUGAGGUUGAAGGUAGUGAGGUCGAGGGUGGUGAGGUCGAGGGUGGUGAGGUCGAUGGUGGUGAGGUCGAGGGUGGUGAGGUCGAGGGUGGUGAGGUCGAGGGUGGUGAGGUCGAGGGUGGUGAGGUCGAGGGUGGUUUUGUUUACUAA